GCCGACGAGUCACAUGCAACAAACUUUGACGCUUGGCAGAGGAAAACUCUGUUGCCCAACCAAAAUUCACAGAGAGGAAAAGAAGAUAAUUAAUUAAAGGGGAAAAGGAGAGAAAAAGGAUGAAUAAUUUUGAAACCUAUAAUUUUCAGAAGAUUCGGAAUAAUCUUUGCUUAUGAGUGCAACAUACAGUUUCAUGAGCUUUGGACUGCUCCCCCUAUAUAAACCCUACCAUCAUUUAUUAUUUGGCAUUCUCAAGAGCUCUGUUGUUCUCAAAUACUCUCUCUCUCUCUCUCUCCCUCCUACACGGAGCCACUUCUAUGGUAAACAUGGGAGGGUUUAGCUUUAGAAGCCUCGCGUUCAUGCUCUUCAUUGUUUUUCUAGUUUGGUCUGCAAGUUUUGAUACCUGCAUUGCCAGGAGAGGCAAGCAUUGGAGGCAGAGAAGAUCAAACUCAGCUUCUCUAGCCAAGAAGAAAGGGAAAAGCCAUGGCAACGGCCAUCACCAACACCAUACUGGAGUACCAAAACCAAAAGCUCCUCCACAUAAAGCUCCAGCAUUACCUCCUCCUGCACCAAAAGAAAAGGCACCAAAACCAAAAGCUCCUCCACAUAAAGCUCCAGCAUUACCUCCUCCUGCACCAAAAGAAAAGUCACCAAAACCAAGUCCACCACAGAAAGGUUCCACCACCUUUAAUGUGCUUGAUUUUGGGGCCAAGGGUAAUGGCAAGAGCGACGAUACAAAGGCAUUCCAAGCUGCAUGGGCAGCAGCUUGUAAAGUGGCAGCAUCAACGAUGAUUGUUCCAGCAGAAUAUGCAUUCCUCGUGGGACCUAUUUCUUUCUCUGGUCCGUACUGCCAAGCAAACAUUGUAUUUCAAUUGGAUGGCACAAUUAUUGCCCCAUCAAACGCCAAUGCUUGGGGUAGAGGUCUCUUGCAGUGGCUUGAAUUCACCAAGCUUGUCGGAAUCACAAUUCAGGGAAAAGGCACCAUAGAUGGGAGUGGCUCAGUAUGGUGGCAAGACUACCCAUUUGAAGAUCCUAUAGACAGUGAAUCGGAACUCAUUAUUCCACUGAACAACACAGUACAACAACACCCACCAAUGCCGAUAAGAAACGAGCUCGACGGGAAAAUGCCAAGCAUCAAGCCCACAGCACUGAGAUUUUAUGGAAGUUUCAAUGUGACAGUCACAGGCAUAACAAUUCAAAACAGCCCGCAAUGCCACCUCAAGUUUGACAACUGCGUAGGAGUUGCUGUGCAUGAUAUGAGAGUCUCAUCUCCCGGUGACAGUCCAAAUACAGAUGGAAUCCACCUGCAGAACUCCAAAGACGUGUUAAUUCAUAGCACAGAUCUUGCUUGCGGAGAUGACUGUGUUUCUAUACAAACUGGAUGCACGAAUGUAUACAUACACAAUGUUAAUUGCGGACCAGGACAUGGAAUCAGCAUCGGAGGUCUGGGAAAAGAUAAUACAAAAGCCUGUGUCUCAAAUAUCACUGUGCGAGAUGUUGUUAUGCAUGGCACAAUGACAGGUGUCAGAGUUAAGACAUGGCAGGGUGGAUCAGGCUCUGUACAGGGAGUACUGUUCUCAAACAUUCAAGUCUCUGAGGUUCAACUUCCAAUUGUGAUUGAUCAAUUCUAUUGCGACAAAAGCAAAUGCAAAAACCAAACGUCAGCAGUAGCUCUAUCAGGAAUCACCUAUGAAAACAUAAGAGGGACAUACACAGUAAAACCUGUACACUUUGCCUGCAGUGAUGCCCUACCAUGCAUGGAUGUAAGUCUAACUACCAUAGAGUUAAAACCACUACAAGAACAGUAUCACCUCUACGAUCCGUUCUGCUGGCAGACUUUUGGAGAGUUGAAAACUCCUACCAUGCCUCCAAUUAGCUGCCUACAGAUUGGCAAGCCAUCAGGCAACCGCCCUCAGAGAGAUUAUGAUGCAUGUUGAUCUCAACCAGUCAAGCAUUGGUGUAUUGAAUUGUGUGGUUGGUAUGAUUUCCCAACCCCUCUCACGCCAUUAGCUUAUCAGGUAAAGUUAUAUUUAGGCAACUGAGUUUUUAAGGAAUCCUCCUUUAGCAAUUAGCAGAAUUAUUUUAUGUGAGAGUGUAUACAAGCAUUUACUAUAGUAAGAUAUUAGAGUGUGAGGAUGUCUGGUUUGCUACUAUAUAUAAUGGAUUGUUUUAAACUGUAAAAUUUAGUGCUUGAUUAAUAUAUGUUUAAUAAUAAAAUAUUCAAUGGA